AGUUGGAAGCCCCUCCCACGUAAAAAAACAUUAUCAUUAUUAUGUCAUAAUCAGCACUUUAUUACCAACGAUUAUUUGCAUCAUGGAGGAACGCCAAACUGGUACACCUAUGUUAAAGGAAGGUUUAGCUCAGAUGCUAAAGGGGGGAAUUAUAAUGGAUGUUGUCAACGCAGAGCAAGCUAAGAUUGCCGAAGAGGCAGGAGCAUGUGCUGUGAUGGCCUUAGAGCGUGUUCCAGCUGAUAUUAGAAAAGAAGGAGGUGUGGCUAGAAUGUCUGACCCAAAAAAAAUUAAAGAGAUAAUGGCAGCUGUCACCAUACCAGUAAUGGCUAAAGUUCGUAUCGGACAUUUUGUCGAGGCUCAGAUACUCGAGGCUCUCAGUGUUGACUUUAUUGAUGAAUCAGAAGUAUUAACUCCGGCUGAUGAUCAGAAUCACGUUAACAAACACGAUUUCAGUGUACCGUUUGUGUGUGGAGCCAGAGACCUUGGCGAGGCCUUGAGAAGGAUUGCUGAAGGUGCUUCGAUGAUAAGAACUAAAGGAGAAGCAGGGACAGGUAAUGUGGUUCAAGCUGUUAAACAUGCACGGACAAUCAAUCAUCAAAUCAGGAUUGCAAAGGCAAUGGACUCCAGCGAGCUGUACAGCUACGCUAAAGAGUUAGGAGUGUCACACGAGCUUUUAAAGAAGACAGCCGAACUUGGAAGACUGCCUGUUGUCAACUUUGCUGCCGGAGGAUUAGCUACUCCUGCUGACGUUGGGUUAUUAAUGCAGUUAGGUGUUGACGGAGUAUUUGUUGGCUCUGGCAUAUUCAAGAGUGCCAAUCCGGAGAAAAGAGCACGGGCUAUGGUCCAGGCAGUAACUCAUUUCAAUGAUCCAAAGAUACUUGCAACAGUCAGCGAAGACCUUGGAGAACCUAUGGUUGGGGUCAAUUGUGACGAGUUGAAAGAGAAGUGGGCCGGAAGAGAAAGCUCUAGAGUCUAACGCUUGAAAAUUGUAUCAUUAUUAUUUAUUAUUGUAGUUUAGUUAUUGUUAGUAGUUUUAUUAUUAUUGCUGUUUAUUUAUUGGUCUAUUCCUUUUAUUUUUGAUUCAAUUUGUGCUAAAAGUUGA